AUGAUAAAUUUACAUCUGAAACAAGAAGAAGUUCCAGGUCAUGGACUAGCGCUGACUGAUUUCAAUGGCGACAUCUACUAUCGAAACCAGCCGCUCAUAACACCAUGGAAUCGAAGAGUUCGAAGAAAUGCCCCCGACAACCUUCAAACCCUUCUCGACCGGUCCACUGCCUUUGCCCGUAUUAUCAAUGGAAUUGCCCUUCAAUCUGGUCUCCUCAGCGGAACUCACAAAAUCGAGGUGGCCGUUGGAGAACUUCUCAAUUUUGGAUCCAUCAAAAUGCCAGAGGUCGUUGGAUUCAAAGCUGAUAGGAUCACUGCUUUCGCUUCGGCACUUACUGAUUUCAAGAAAGUGAAACCUGGAAAUGACGUGGAAGACCAGGAGAAGAUGAUAGUGGAGUUGGAGAAGAUUAUGGAAGAGUCGGAAGGAACGAAGUCGUUGGAGAUCAGCGAUGGAAAGUAUUUUUCGGAUGUGGAUGGCUUCGUGCAGAACUUCAAACUCACAACAAUGAACGAACUAUAUGGAAUUUUGCAAACUGUUUUCAAUUAUGUGGACAAACUGAAAUCAAUUGCAACUGAAAAUUCCAAAGAUGUUGACAAUGAUUGGUCGAAAAUUUCAAAUGUUAUUCACCAUUCGAAUGAUUUUGGAUUGCAUUCAACUGCUAUCACUACUUUCCACAACUAUAUAAAAUCGGUUGCACACCUGGAAACGUUCCCCGACGUCCUUGAACCGUACCGAACCAUCAUUCGUCUUAUUGAAGCUAGAGCUGGUCUGAAGACAUCUGGAACCGAAGCUCUUCAGAAGAAUAUUGGUCAGUUCAUGGAACUUCUGAAGGUUUCGAACUCGUCGAACAAAGAAUUCAGUACGAUUUAUCGAUUGAUUCACUCCCGUGUCAACCCAGUACAAAUGAAUCGAAAAGUCACGAUUGGAUUCCUGAAUGGAGUAACUGAUUUCGAUAAACUUCUGAAGGACCUCCAAGAUCCAUCAUUUGCAAAAAUGGUUGGAGAGAAAAAAGUGAAGAAACUGUUGGAUGGAUUGAAGCCUAUUCUGUCGAUUCAAUCGAAAAUUGAUGAGUUGAAUGGGAAAUUUGGUCUUUUCUCGAAGGAUUCCUUUUUGUCAACGUCUGAAGUCCAGAUGCUUCAAGUAGAGAUGCAGGGAAUGAGUAUCACGGAUAACGACGUGGAUGAGGUUUUGAAUGCUAUCAACAUCCCAGCUGAAAUUGAUUCUAAAGUUUACAAAGAUGCCAAGGAUCUCAUCGAAGCUGCUGAAACAUUCACAAAAAUGAUUCAAUCGGUCAGAAAGUGGGCGGAGCAUCUGGUCGGAACCGAACUCACUGAAGCCAUCAAAGCAUUCGAUAAGGAUCUUAAUUUUAAGGAUCGAGCGAAAGUAGAUCAAUCGAAAGCAGAGAUUCCGGCGGUGAUGAAGAAUCUGAAGGACAAGGAUUCCAUAAAGAAGUUCCAGGAUGCUCUCACUGCUACUCAAUCGUUGUUGAAUGGUUACACUGGUGAUUCUAUCAAAACCGGAGCUGCAUCGAUCAAACAAGAUGGAUUGAAUACGUUCAAGGAUGAACAAGUUGUGAGAGAUGAGUUAAGAUUCCAUGGAAGACUACGUGAUAACAAACAAAAGUUGGUGACAAUUGUUGAGGCGAUCGAACUGAUUCAUCGGACUCAGAAUCUGGAUUCUGGAGAGAUUCAGAAGUUGGAGUCACUGGCUAAAGCAAUUCCUGAUGCUUCCAAACUGCUGACUGCCCAGCAUCUCAAAUCCAUUGGGGAGUCGAUGAAGACAGCUGAGAACCUGGAGUCGAAAUCUCUCGGACAGACAACUGGAGCUGAUCGAAUCAUGAAACCCGUCGCGGAGUCGGUUAGAGGUCUUCAGAUGAUUCAUGACUUUAGCGAUAUGAAUCUGGUGACUGAUUUGAAAACAGUGGAGAAUGAAGUGCAAAAAGUCAUUGGUCAACUGAAAGACUCGGUGAAACAAGGAGAGAUUCGGAAGAAGUGGAACAAUCUGAAGGCAGAGAUCAAGUCGUUGGAGGCGUGGCUUCAGCAAGUAUCGACUGUGAAUCAGAAUCUGGUUAUCAGUGGAUCCAACAAGUUGGCUGAUGUGGGUGCUCCGUUUGUUAAGCUCACUGCAAUCGGAGACUUCAAGUUUGAUGUGAAGAACAAGAUAGAGGUUGUGAUGGAGUUGAUUUCAUUGUUCAUCAAGGAUCAAGCUACUCUGGACAAGCUGAAUGGAGCCAAGAACACUCUCUCGACCCUGCAGACUCUAGAUCUUGAAUUCUCGAAAUUCCACAAGUCGUUCAAUGAUGCUCCGGAUAAAUUCCAGGCUCUCUAUGUGUUCAUUGGCAACUUCUUCACAAUCGCUGAAUCUAAUCAAGCUGCGUUGCGCCAGUCAUCGACUAUUGAGGCCAUUGUGACCACAAACACCGGAACUACAGGAACGGUCAUCAUCAUCAUUGUCCUUGUGACUCUCCUCGUCACCGUCUUCAUCGCCCUAAUCAUUUGUCGAUUCAAUUCGAGGUGCUGGUGGAAUAAACGUGUGAAAAAACAAAAGGAAGAAGAAGAACACCAACCGCUUACAUAUCCUAAUGACAAACCAAUUGCCAAUGAGAAAUCAGCAAGUCAUAGUCUUUUGCCACCAGUCACGAAUCAAGGAGAUGCUCCUGCUCCUGCUUCUCAGAAGCAACUCCAAAAAUCGGAUGGGAGUGUGUCGAAAGAAGUGGAAAAGAGUGGAGAGAAGGAGGUGGUGAAGAAAGUGGAAAACAAUACAAAAGAGUGA